AUGGAUAGGGAGGGGGAGAUUUCCGACGAGAGGUCUGGGCAGGUUCAGGCGCAGGCUCAGGCGAAAUAUAAGGGGGUACGGCUGCGGAAGUGGGGCAAGUGGGUGGCUGAGGUGCGGUACCCCAAUAGCCGGAAGCGCAUUUGGCUGGGGUCGUUCCCGUCGCCAGAGAUGGCCGCCAGGGCAUACGACGCCGCCAUGCUCUGCCUCCGCGGCCGCGCGGAGCUGCACUACUUCAACUUCCCGGACAAGCUGCCGGACAUAGCGGCGCCCGAGGGGCUGAGCCGGCCCGAGAUAAAGGACAAAGCAGUGAGGUACGCCUUGAGGGGAUGGCAGGCUCCGCCGGCGACGGAGAGGGGAGGCAGCUGCGGCGGCGACGGCGGCGGUGGAGCCGGCGGCAGCGGCGGCGAAGCGGUGCCGGAGAAGGACGGAGGCGGAGACGGCGGCUCGGGGAUUGAUGAGGUGUUGCCGCCGGAGUUUAUCUACGGCGAUCCUUUGGAAUUGGACGACGCCCACUGGAGCGCAUCCGGUCAGGAUUACUGGAGCGACGGCGGCGAUAACGACGGAGAUAUUUUUGGUUCGAUUCAACUGUGGAACCUUGACUGAUAAAUCCCGCGCAUUUUGUUAAAGUUUUUAUAUUUUUUGAAAGUUUUAAAAGAAAAAUUAUCGAUAUUCU